AUGUGGAAGUUCAGUCAGUACGCUGUAGAACUAUUAACACUCCUACUGCGACAUGAUGUACCCACACCUCCUGUAGCUGUGGAGCUUUUUGUCUCCAACCUCAUACACGACUCCUUAUACAUCAGAAAGCUGUCAACAGCCUCAGUAUCAGCCAUUCUAAAGCAACAAAAAAAGAAACACAAGAAGGUGGUGGUGGACCCCUACAGGAGUGUCCCCCCCCCUCCUACUGGGACCUUCCUCCCUGGGAAUCGUCCGGAUAAUGAUUGGAUCAUGUACGACUCCAGCCGGCUUCCGGACAAUCAGGAGAAAUGGGAGGCAAUGGAAUUCGGGGACAAAACUCACUGGGGAUACUACUGCUGGCCAAAAGAAAUGAAAAUUUAUGCCCAGUAUUCGGAGCAGCCAAAAUUAGAUCGUGUAGAAUCAGAACUAUUAGAUAUAGGAAAAUCUAUGUGAAAUUGAGUGACUCUGAGUUUGUGAAAAAGUUCAUAGAAGUGCUAAGUUUAGAGGAGCAUAAAGGAAGAGCUAAAUUCAGGAACAAACAUCUAACCUU